AUGAGCAACCCGUACUACAAUGGUGGCGGCCACAACGCCAGUCUGUACGAAAUGACCAGCAUGAAAUACAGCAACGGCGGGUCUGCCGGAGAAGACGACUUCGUGGCCUUCAUGAAUGAGAUUCAAGAUAUUCACACCCAGCUAGACAACUACUCCAACUUGGUGGACUUGAUCUCGAACAAGCAAAGAAACUACAUCCAGGAGUUGGACUUGAACGAUGAAGACACGGAAUAUUCGUCGAAGCAGAUUGACGCGUUGGUUCUGGAAGCGCUGAGUUUGCAGUCUGAGUUGAAGCUGAGAAUCAAGAAUGUCCAGACCCAGGCGGCCCAGCUGAGAAACCCCCAGAAGAUCGACCAGGCGGAAGCCGCCAGAAACAAGUUCUUGGAGUAUAUCCAGAGAUACCGUUUGACUGAAUCCAACAACAGAGAGCAGACCAAGGCUCAGCUGGCCAGACAGUACCAGAUCAUCAACCCCAACGCUACCGCAGAGGAGGUGGAGGCUGCCGUGGAGGACGGCACGCCCAACCAGCAGAUUUUCCAGCAGGCGUUGAUGCAGUCGAACCGUAGAGGUGAGGCCAGAACCGUGCUCAAUGAGGUGCAAGUUCGUCACCGUGAGUUGCUCAAGUUGGAAAAGACGAUGGCUGAGUUGACUCAGCUUUUCCAUGACAUGGAGGAGCUUGUAAUUGAGCAGGACCAGCCAAUCCAGCAGAUUGAGGAGCAGGUUGACACGGCCCAGCACGACAUUGAGCAGGGUGUGGGUCACACGCAGAAGGCGGUGUUUUCGGCCAAGGCUAUGAGAAAGAAGAAGUGGUGGUGUUUCAUCAUUCUUCUUAUUGUGGUGAUUGUUUUGGCAUUGGUGUUGGGUAUCCACUUUGGUACCAAGUAA